AUGAACAGAAUUAAACGAGGAUAUAUAGCUCGGAAACGGAGAACAAAAAUUCGUUUAUUUACAUCAAGUUUUCGCGGAGCUCAUUCAAGACUUACUCGAACUAUUACUCAACAGAAAAUUAAAGCUUUGGUUUCAGCUCAUCGGGAUAGAGAUAGGAAAAAAAGAGAUUUUCGUGGUUUAUGGAUUAGUCGAAUAAAUGCAGUAAUUCGAGAGAAUCCAAAAGUAUAUUAUAUUUAUAGUAAUGUUAUAUAUAAUAUAUACACCAGGCAAUUGCUUCUUAAUCGUAAAAUAGUUGCACAAAUAGCUAUAUUAAAAGAGAAUUGUAUUUUUAUGAUUGCCAAUGAUAUCAUAAAAACCAAAAAUCCCCCUAGACGUUACUUCGGGAAGGUAUAG